AAAAUUCGCGUUACAGAGACAGAGACAGUUUGGGCGAUGGAGGGUAGGUGGAUGGCGGUGACAUCGAAGCUUUGCGCUUUUGCUGCUGCAGGUCCCAUCCUGCACCGAGAAAGGGUGGGAUGUCAAUCGGAUUUCUCUAUUGCAAAUCAUGGUUGCAAGUUAGACGUGUUUACCUCAGAUCUUUUUCUCCAGAGACAUUGGGUAUCUCUUUUCUCAUAGUGGACUACAUUUCUCCCCCUCGAAGUCAAUAUCUCUUUCUUCGACUUUUCAUUGCUGGCAGUUCUGCGCAUGUCCUAAAUCCUUGAAUCAUAGUAGGACAUCCAUGACAGAUCACAUAAACAACACGGCCAAUACAUCACUGGGCAGUUGGGCCUCGGCUCCUAUCGCCGUCAUCUAACUACCAUCUAGGGAAUCAGGAAUGGUCCUGCCGUGCAAGCAAACCUUUAACGUUCCCCAUGGGAUAAGCAUGUGACUAUGCAAAUGCCCGACACAAAUUAUAUCUUAUUAUGGUUAAGAAUCUUGUGUUUAUUUUUCUCUUUCUCCUUUUCUAUUCGCCACAUGUGUUGAGAUAACUAUGCAAAUCGUGACAUGAAGUUUUGUUUCUAUGUGGCGCUACCAAACAAAAUGGAUAAGGAAAUGUGUGGCUUUUUUCCAUGAUAAUUGCGACAGUUUCAUUUCGUAGCUAUCUGUUCCUCGUGGCCAUAGUAAUGCUUUGCACUUUGUUAAUUUUGUAAGAAAAGAAAUGGCAUGAUCUAAUAAUAAGGCCUUCUCUCUAUGUGGCUAACUGGCAAGGGCUUAGCAAUCCUCCCCCUUUCUAACUAUAACCUUUUAAGGCAUGGAUGCUGGAGUGCUGGGCAAAACUCAAUCUGUCUGGGCAAAGCUCUACUUGCUUGCGACACUCCAGAUGUGGACCAUUUUUUUUCACAGGUUUCGGAGCUAGACAUGUCAAGUAGUUUCCUUCGGUUGUUGAUUAAUUUGCCCACUGUGAUAGAGAUUUUGCACCUUGUGGCCUCCACAAGAGUUACUUAGUAGAGACGCACGUUGGAAGGGCUUCCAAGACAAGUGAAGCUCACUAGCUCAGCGUUCAGUUGCUUCCCACGCUUCACCAACUGAACAAGCUUCGCUGCUUGUGCUGAAGCUCUAAGGAGAGCAGACUUCCCUCAAGGUUUCGUCUUUGGCACUGCUUCUUCAGCUUACCAGUAUGAAGGUGCUGUCAACGAGGGUCAACGUGGACCUACAAUAUGGGAUACUCUCACAAGACGACCCGGACGGGUGAUAGAUUUCAGCAAUGCAGAUGUUGCCGUUGAUCACUACCAUCGUUAUAAGGAAGAUGUGGACUUGAUUAAGGACAUUGGCAUGGAUGCAUACCGGUUCUCUAUCUCGUGGUCACGUAUCUUUCCAAAUGGAACUGGUGAACCUAAUGAAGAAGGAUUGAAUUACUAUAACAGCCUCAUAAAUACUCUAUUAGACAAAGGUAUACAACCAUAUGUAACACUCUUUCACUGGGACCUUCCGCAAGCACUAGAAGACAGAUAUGGUGGAUGGUUAAACUCCCAAAUCGUGGAUGAUUUUGUUCACUAUGCCUCUACUUGCUUCAAGGAAUUUGGAGAUAGAGUGAAACACUGGAUCACUUUCAAUGAGCCCCAUAAUUUUGCGAUUGAAGGCUAUGACCUUGGCAUCCAGGCACCUGGGAGGUGUUCUAUUCUGUCUCAUAUAUUCUGCAGGGAGGGCAAAUCAUCGACUGAGCCUUAUGUCGUAGCUCACAACAUACUCUUAGCGCAUGCUGGUGCCUUUCAUACUUAUAAGCAGCAUUUCAAGAAAGAACAAGGAGGUAUCAUUGGCAUUGCACUCGAUUCUAAGUGGUAUGAGCCACUGUCAGAUGUUGAUGAGGACACAGAGGCAGCAGCACGAGCAAUGGACUUUGAGCUUGGAUGGUUCCUGGAUCCCUUAAUGUUUGGCCACUAUCCUCCUUCUAUGCAGAAACUUGUGGGCGACAGGCUGCCUCAGUUUUCAGCUCGGGCUUCGAUGUUAGUGUCAGGCUCACUAGAUUUUGUGGGCAUAAACCAUUACACCACACUGUAUGUUAGGAACGACAGAAUGCGGAUCAGGAAACUUGUAAUGAAUGAUGCUUCAACUGAUGCUGCGGUCAUACCUACUGCUUAUAGACAUGGAAAGAAAAUAGGAGAAACGGCAGCGUCAGGAUGGCUGCACAUAGUGCCCUGGGGCAUGUUCAAGCUGAUGAAGCACAUCAAAGAAAAGUACGGGAAUCCGCCCGUGAUCAUUACUGAAAACGGCAUGGAUGAUGCGAACAACCGGUUUUCGAAAUUAGAGGAUGAUCUGCAGGAUGAUAAACGGAUACAGUACCACAAGGACUACAUGUCUAACCUCCUAGACGCAAUUAGGAAGGAAGGCUGCAACGUCCAUGGCUACUUCGUCUGGUCGCUGCUCGACAACUGGGAGUGGAACUCCGGGUACACGGUGCGGUUUGGGCUCUACUACAUCGACUACAACAACAAUUUGACACGGAUACCCAAGGCGUCCGUGGAGUGGUUCAGGCAGGUCUUGGCCCAGAAGACGGCUGGUUUGGAGUACAGUGGUUCUACAGUGGCCAGUAGUUGAGUGUAUAUAACAUACACGGCACGGCUACCAUCGAUCUGUACAUGCGUACGUAGCUUUAGAUUAGAUUGUGAUUAUUCUCGAUGUAUAUAGACUCACCAUUUGGACGACCUUCAACCGCACAGUUGAAUGUGUCGUUAUGCUUGCUACAAAUUGGUUGAUUGGUGCUAAAGAAAUCAGUGAGGGGUGCUCGGUUCUACUACUAAA